AUGGAUCAAAGUGCUGCUGUGGAAGGUGUUCCUCAGAAGAAGUAUCUAACACUCAGGAGAUCGGUUGAUGUGAGUUCUUCGUAUAAUAGACUGUACUAUUUAAAGAAACAUGGGCUCUCACUCCCGCCUAUAGAACCUGAAACUUCGUUUACUGCUAAUAUCAUGCCACCCGAUGCGUACAAGCGUAAUGAUAGGAUAGUUAAUCUGCCGACGAAAUUUACACAUUUGAGUUCCAAUAAGGUUAAGCAUGUUAUUCCAGCAAUCCAAUGGUCUCCUGAGGGGAGAAGACUAAUUGUUGCAACUUUCAGUGGUGAAUUCUCGCUUUGGAAUGGUUCAUCUUUUACAUUUGAGACUAUUAUGCAGGCUCAUGAUACCUCAGUGACAACAAUGAAAUAUUCCCAUGCUGGAGAUUGGAUGAUUAGUGGUGACGCAGAUGGUACAAUCAAAAUAUGGCAGCCUAAUUUCAAUAUGGUGAAGGAAUUAGAUCGAAUUCACACAGAAGGUAUUAGAGACGUGGCUUUUAGUAAUAAUGAUUCCAAGUUUGUUACUUGUUCUGAUGAUAAUAUAUUAAAAAUUUGGAAUUUUAGCAAUGGCCAACAAGAAAGAGUACUAUCUGGACAUCAUUGGGAUGUCAGGAGUUGUGACUGGCAUCCAGAGUUAGGACUGAUAGUAUCAGGAUCAAAAGAUAAUUUAGUUAAACUUUGGGAUCCGAGAUCUGGCCAGUGUGUAUCUACAUUACUAAAAUUCAAACAUACUGUACUUAAAACUAGAUUUCAACCGACAAAGGGCAAUUUGCUGGCAGCUAUCUCCAAGGAUAAGUCUUGUAGAGUAUUUGAUCUUCGUGCAAGCAUGAACGAAUUAAUGUGUGUUCGUGAUGAAGUUGAUUUCAUGGAACUGGAAUGGAGUACUAUAAACGAAUCGAUGUUUACCGUUGGAUGCUAUGACGGCUCUUUAAAACAUUUUGAUCUCGGCCAAGAUACGGAAAAGCCCAUUCAUAUAAUACCGUUUGCACAUGAAAAGUGCAUAUCAGCAAUUGCAUACAAUCCUGUGGGCCAUAUCCUAGCCACUGCCGCCAAGGAUAGAACCAUUCGAUUUUGGACAAGAGCAAGGCCUGUCGAUCCAAAUGCCUUUGAUGAUCCAACAUAUAAUAAUAAGAAAAUGACUGGUUGGUUCUUUGGUAUCAAUAAUGAUAUCAAUGCUGUACGUGAAAAGUCUGAAUACGGCGCAGCUCCGCCACCAGCGUCAACAGCAUUCCCACAACAAACUCAGUACAACAAUAACAUCUCCAGAGUACCAGAAAUCAAAGAACCGACACCAACAACUGAUAAGGAACAAAGGACUUCUAUUCUUCCAGGAUUGAGUAUAUAA